AUGGCGCCAAGUCGACCGGACUUUGUGAGCUCGUUCUUGUUGAAGGAGCUGCUACUGGCGCUCGGCGCGCGUGUCCCCAUGUGCGAUGGGGACCGUUGCAGUGCGGGCAAUGACGUCGAAAGCUUGAGCGAAGACACGGAGUCGUCCAGUGCUCUACCGCCUGCACACCCGACUGCUCCGUCGCGUGUCGUGCUCGUUCGUCGUACAAAGAGCUCCCAACAGCUCGUGACGCUCGUGGACCGUGAAUUUGACAUUGAGGCGUUCAUUCCAAGACAUUUGAGCCAGUGGCUGCAGCAAGAUCGGGGCUAUGAAACGAUCGGGCGGCUGCGGGGGAGCGUCGUUCGAGUGACGAAGUACCACUUUGCAACGUGGACGCGCUGCUUGGCCAGUGACAAGCAGACGACACUGUCGUCGUUGGCGUUAUCCGUAUCUGCACCUUUUGUCACUCGAGCUCCAGUGUAUCUCUAUGUGGACGCUCUGGCUAUUGUGGACGAUAACGAGUUGGCUGUCAAGCCGCUGCCGCGGGUGUAUACGCACCCGUUGGUGGCGGAGCAAUUACAGACGCUCAGUGAUGACGAGCUGGAGAAACAGUUAAUGAUACAUCAAGGGUUGCCAUCGUUGCAGGUAGCUGCUGUCGAUGACCGGUUUACAGAUGACCACCCAUUGCUGGAGGAAGACUGUGUGAUACCUAAGGAGCAGGAGCUCGAGCUGGAAGAGCGAGACGAGUGGGGACCACCCGUCGCCGUCGUGCAACCACCGACGGACUCAGAACUGAUUGAAGAGAACGGGCUGGUGCCGAUGGCCGACUCCCAAGUGGGGCAUCAGAUGGACCAGUUGCAUCCGACGCCCGAGACAAAGGCUUUGUCGACAAAUGUGUCGGUAGCGUCGAGAUGCCAAGAGCAAAACGAACAUGGAGGACUGGAUGCAGCCUCUCAGCUUGAUGGCGAGCGAUACCCGUUCCAACAAGAGAAUGUUCGAGAAACGUUUGUAGUCGACAGUGACUCGGAAAGCAAUGGCACCGGAGAUGAAAAUGACGUCGCUACACCAACGACAUCGGUGCAUAGUAUGCCUGAUUCUCAUGAACAGCUUGAUUCUGGCCGGAAACAUUCUGCUGCUCUUUCUGACCCAUCGUUGACAACUUCGGAGACGACCCCAGACCCAUGGGAGAUUCUCGACCCCACCGGUGUCUCGCGUGAAAGAGCCCCGAUACCGUCCCUUAGCUUGGAGGAGAAGACAGUGCCGGAGCAAGAAUCCACGACGGCAUGUUGCGAUGUGAUUGCAGAAGUAGGCGGACGCGCUUCACCGCGCCCAUCACCCCACUCGUCACCGGCGAAGAGCCACGAUUCGAUUGGAAAACAAACACCAUCAGCAAGCUGGGCCACAAGUUUGCUUCGUAUGGUUGGCCUGAGGACUUCAUCUGCCAUAGCUUCCCCGUCAACGCUUUCUUCUUCUGACGACGAGAUCGGAACCUUGGUUGAAUGUGAUCAGAGUGACGCGCAGAGUCAGGAGAUCGUGGAAUUCGAGCCAGCUGAACCGGACGUCCCGCUUGAAUCUCAGGCGACGGUGAUCCUGCCGUAUGGUGCUGAUAAUGACGACAAUAUUCAUGCUUUUGAGUACGAAGGCUUGUUGUCAGAUGGUGUGAUUUCUCAUCGACCUGUGGUACUCAGGAGAGAUCACCGUCCUGUGGUAGGGAAAGUAGACGAAACAAACGAGCAGCGUGACACUGGAAAUGGGGCUGAAGGUGCAGUUACUUCACCGAGAGGUCUGGCAUCGAAGAAAGAUACUGCUAUCGUAGACUUGGGACCUCCUCCAUCUGCACAAACCGUGACGCCAAGGACGGUGAUACAACCCGAGCCAGCCGUUCCACUUUCUCCGACGGUGUUGCCUCGAUUGGAAGAAACUAUAGAACAUCAAGAGCGUCACGCCAGUCGCUGUACUUUACCUUCUCGCUCGGAAGACCCCAAUGUUGUAACCGGUGCUGCAGGGCAACUCGAGCCUGUCAAGAGUCCGACACAACUAGACGUUGCAGUCGCAGUCAAAUCUAGCUCGAGCCGAGAAAGCCGUGCUGGAGCUACGGCUGCAACGUCUCAUGGUUACAAGCGACGUCAGCAAAAGGAGAUCAGCUUUUCCCCGAAAGGACGUCCAGUGUCGCAGCUGAAAAUGCAAAAGGAUGACGAGUCUUCGUCUCGGAUGCAAAAGCGUCGUCGACGAAACGUUCUUUUGACGCGCACGCAUCACGGUCCGAGUCUCGUCAGUUUGAGCAACCAUACGUCGUAG